AUGGAGGAAGAAACUGAAGCCACAUUCGCUUUCUUGCACCCCUUUAGUCAUAUACUGUGUCCCUCUCUGUUUGGUAGCCAAUACUUUCUUCACACAAUAUGGGUCUGCACCACUGGACUCUUGAGGGAAGAGAGGAAUCUAACUCCCGAAGAAGCAAUAUAGAAACUAAAAGAGACAGAAGAAAUUCUGAUCAAACAGGAAUUUCUGAAGCAGAAGUUCAAGGAGCUACACGUAGCCAAAAUGUAUGAGACCAAGAGUAAGCAAAUCACCCUGCAGGCUCUAUGGAGAAAGAAAAGGUUAGAACAGAAGCUGGCACAAACUCACGGGACAUUAUCCAUCCUGGAGGUUCAGCCAGUGGCCAUUGAGAAUGCCACCACCAAGGCAGAAGUGCUUUGUACCAUGGAUCUCGCUGCCCAAGGCAUGAAGAAAGUCUGCCAGGAAGUUGACACUGAUAAGGUAGAGGAACUUGUGGCUGACAUCACAGAACAACAGGAGCUGGCCCAGCAGGUAUCAGAUGCCAUUCCUUGCUAGGGUUUUGGAGAUGGUGUGGAUGAGGUGACCAGGGUGAGGAAUCUGGAGGAACUGGAGCAAGAGAAAUUAACUCAGAAGUUGUUAACUAUGGGCAACAAGGAGGAAGAACCCCCGGUCAUAUUGUCUGGUGUACCUUACACACAUCUGCUUGCAGGGCCAGGUACCCAGAACUCUGUGUUAAAGACGUGAGAGGG